AUGGUGGCUACAACUAAUGUGACUGAGUUAAUUAUUGCUGGCCUCUUCCAGGACCCAGAGGUGCAGAGAGCAUGCUUUGUGUUGUUUCUUCCUGUGUACCUGGCCACAGUGCUGGGCAAUGGCCUCAUUGUUGUGACGGUCAGUGUCAGUAAGAGUCUGCGUUCCCCCAUGUACUUCUUCCUCAGCUCCCUGUCCAUGGUGGAGAUCUGCUACUCCUCUACUGUGGUGCCCAAAUUCAUCACUGAUCUACUUGCCAGGAUAAAAACUAUCUCUCUGAAGGGCUGUCUGGCUCAGAUAUUCUUCUUCCACUUCUUUGGGGUAGCUGAGAUCCUGUUACUUGUGGUGAUGGCCUAUGACCGCUAUGUGGCCAUCUGCAAACCUCUUCAUUACAUGAACAUUAUGAGCCAAUACCUGUGUCACAUGCUGGUGGCUGGUUCCUGGCUGGGAGGAUUUUUUCACUCCAUAAUUCAAGUUCUCAUCGCUAUACAGUUGCCUUUCUGUGGUCCCAAUGUGAUUGACCACUACUUCUGUGAUCUCCAGCCAUUAUUCAAGCUGGCCUGCACUGACACCUUUGUAGAGGGAGUGAUUGUAUUGGCCAAUAGUGGCCUAAUUGCUUUGUUCUCUUUCCUUAUCCUUAUGUCCUCCUACAUUAUCAUUUUGGUCAACCUGAGGAAGCAAUCUGCAGAGGGCAGGCGCAAGGCCCUCUCCACCUGUGCCUCCCACAUCACUGUGGUCGUCUUGUUCUUUGGACCUGCCAUCUUCCUCUAUAUGCGCCCCUCCUCCACCUUCACUGUGGACAAGCUGGUAGCUGUGUUCUACACGGUCAUCACUCCCAUGCUGAAUCCCAUCAUCUACACACUCAGAAAUGCAGAUGUAAUAAAUGCCAUGAAGAAGUUGUGGGGCAAAAAGUUCUUAGGGGUAGGGUGA